AUGAAUUAAUUCUAAGGACUAAUAAUUAAAUAAAAUUAGAGGAUUCGUAAAACACUCAUUUAAAAUCUCAUUAUUAUAGGAUAAUUUUUUUAUACUAUCAUCUGGAUUUUUAUUGCUAUAUCAAUUUUAGGAAAAAAAGAAGAAGAAUUGCAUUUUAAAGUAUUUUAUUAUUUUAGUUUACCAACUAUUUCAUUACAAUUCAAUAUCGAUUAAGUCAUCAUUUAAAGCAUAACAAUAAUUUUUUCAUUAAGUUUUCUCUUCUCUAUUUUAUUUGGAGAAAAUUAAUAAUAUUCAAAGAAGAUAGUUAUUUUGUUUUGGGAUGCUUAUCCAAACAUAUGCUAGAUCGUUAUUAUAUAAAAUAGUGGCCAUUGCUUACAAAGUGAUAAUAUAAACUUUUCAUUGGGAUUAUUAAAUAUAAUAUUGGCAAUCGGAAUUUCUUAACUAUCUAGCAUAUAUUCAUUUUCAUAAAAUAAUACGUAAAAAUUAAUAAAAUCUUAUUUUGAAAGGGGUUUCAUUCCUUUUUGUUAUUCAGUAUUAGCUUUAUUUGCAGGUUUGCAAUUAAACAGUUUAUACUUAUCUUAUUUAUAUUUAGGUAUAUAAUUGAUUUUCGACCUAUAUUUUGGGAUAUUUUACUUCAUUAAACCACAUAUGCAAUAUUUAAAUAUUAAAACAUAAAGAUUAGUUGUAUUAUUUUCAUUUUUAAGAUUUCCAUUAGUAGUUUUUCUAUUUUACUAUUAAAGUAAUAAUAUUUUAUUUUUGUUGAUAUUUUCUCUUCCACUGAUGAUAUAAAUUAAUUUUAUCUUAUGGGAUAAUAAAUUUAUGUAGUUCAUAUACUAAACAAAUAUGUAUUUUUAGUAUAUUUGUAUUGAUAAGUUUAGAGAGAUGGAUAACCAGAUAGAAUGUUAUUUAGCAUAUUAUUUUGAGAUAAUUGAUUAUAAGAAACCCUUAAAUAGAGUUUUAAUGUUAAGUAUAUUUUGUAAUCAUAUGAAUAUGUGUUAAAAUAUCAAAUGUUUCUGUUAAAAUAGAAAUUUUCAUGAAAAUGUUAAAAUUACUACUCAAUUAUAGCUGGAUGUUAAGGAUAUCUAAUAGUAAAUAAAUUAUGCAGUAGGAGAAUAGGAUAUUUAAAUGAGUUUCAAGUAAUUGAUGUUAUUAUUCUUUGAUAAUUAUAUAAAGAAUGUAAGAUAUACAACCAUGGGUGAGACUUUAAUAUUAAAAUUAAGUAUAUAUGAAAGCUAAAAUUUUCAGCAUAGAUUAUUUUAAACUAAGAUUAGAUUUUAGUAUCUAAAGAUAUUUUAUAAUAAGUUUCAUCCACAAUAUUUAGAAAGAUGGGCAACAUGUUAUUUGAUAACUGAAAAAUUAUAGUAUUACAUAGGUGGAGGAAAUGAAAUGAAUUUAAAUCUAUCUGUAACAAUGAAAUAUUUCACAUUGCUUGAAAAGAUCUAAAAUGAUAUUUAUAAAGUGAUUGAGGAUAAAAUAGUUAUUUUAGAACUUUUAAAAAGAAAUUAUUAAAAUCCUGUUCCAUAUCUAUUACACAAAUCUACUUAAAAUUAUUUUAAUUAAUGUAAUGAAUUAGAAAUAUUAAUUCUAUAAUUAGUUUAGCUUAAUGGAAUAUCAGUAGAAGUUAGAGAAUUGUAAGAUGAAUUUUACUCUUAAAUAAAAGUCGACUAUGGUUUCAAGAAUAUUCAUAAAAAAAUAACAAUCCCUUUUAUAAAUUAAAAUUAAACAACAUUUGUAAUUUGUGAUUAUGAAGGAGAUCUUAUAAUAAAAGAUUAUUCCAACAAUUUUGUUUAGAUGAUUAAAGUAAGUUCUUAAAUAAAAGGAGGCGCUAUUGAAUAAAUAGUACCUAUUAGUCUAUAAUAGUAUCAUAGAUAUGCUAUAACUUAAAUGAUUAAUACGGGUAAAACUAAAUUGGUUAAUAAAGAAUAAUACACUCUUAUGGUUAAAUCUGAAAAAUAUAUUUUAGAAGUAGAUGCAUUAUUAAGAUUUGAUUAUAGAUAACUAGACUUUCUAAGAUUUAUUGGUUUUAUGUAAUUGAGAGAUAAGGAUAGUAUUUUGAUACUUGCUAAUGAAAAAGGAAAACUUGACUCAUAUUCUAGAUCUGCUGGAAUUCUAUUGAAAUUAGAUGAUGUGGAUUUUGAUUCACUUAAUUAUUUUAAUUUAUCACCUUGUUUAUUUUAAGAAAAAGCAGAAUUUGAAUUUGAUGGAUUCUUAUUGGUUCCUAAAAGACAUUUAAAAACAGAUAUUUUACAUUUAUUGAGAUUUUUUUUAGAAUCUCCUGAAGAAUGUUAUAUCUUCAUAGUUAAUGCUAAACAUUAAAAAAAAACUUACACUUCAGUAACAAUUUAAUGUUUAAAAAUAAAUUCAUUUUAUUAAUUGAAAGAAUUAGAUUAUAAAAUUUUAGCAUUAGAUAUUAUGAUGAGAUAAAUUAUGAUAUUGAAAUAAGUAAGUAAAUCUUAAUAUAUGGCACCAGCAGAAUCUGUUCGUAAAAUAUAAACUUUUAAAAAGACAUUUAAAUUUCAUUAAACUCAUACAGUAGAUUUUUCUGAAGAAGAGUAUAAUUUAAUUUAUGAAGAUGAUUCAGAAAGAGAAAUUUAAAUAUAAUCUAAAAAUAAUAAUAUUCUUCCAGAAUUUAUUCCCUCUUUAGAUUCAAUUAGAACCUAAAAUGAGAAAUUAUUAUUAACAUUUGAAUAAUAUAGAGAUUACCAUAAUACUUUAAGUAAGGAUAAAUCAUUUGAAUAAUAAUAAAAACUUGAUACUUUAGAAGGUUCUAAAUCUGAAUAAGAUUCAAGUAAAUAAAAAAGAAAUACUCAUUAACUUAUUGAAAUAGAAUUAAAUUCAACUGAAGAUUAAAAUAUUGAAGAAUAAUUAUAAUUUAUUUUAGCUACAGUGAAAACUAGAUAAACAAGGAAGGAAUUGUUAGAAAUGAAAAAUUAAUUGAAAAAUAAACAUAAAGCUAGUACUUGGCAUGGAAGUGGAAAUCAAUAAAAUUAAAAAAAACUAAUUAAAAAUAUUGUUAAUCAAUUUUAAAAUACACAUUUGAGUUCCUUAACUUAUAUAAAAAUAGUUUCAUAUUUUUUAGUUUUAAUUAAUAUAGGAUUUAUUUUAGGGUUUGUAAUUAAUAGUAUAAUAGGUAUAGCUGGUAUUUAAAUGGACUCUAAUAAUCAAACAUAUCCACUUAUAUUAUUCUAAGAUAUUAAUUUAGUUUUAUUAGGGAUUCAACUUGGUGAUAAUUAAGAAUCUAAUUUUGACCUUGCAAAUAAUUUUAUAUUAUUAGGUGCUGAGUAAUAUAAAAAUUUAAGUAUUUAAGUUAAUGAUAUUGAACUUGAUUAUCAUACAUUUUUAUAAGAACUUGAUGAAGAAAAAAUAAUUGUUUAAGAAUUCGGAAUACAAAUUAUCUAUUAUAAAAAAUACUUUUUCAAAAAUUUUAUGGUUGAAAGACUUAAAACAAUUGAAGAAUCUGCUUAUAUUCCAAUAUUUGGAUAAGAAAGUCAAUUUUUAUUUGAUAAUUAUCCUGAAAUAGCAACUUAAUUAUGGAAUUUGAAAAAUAAAACUACUAGAGAUGUAAUUGAAAGAGUAAAUGAACUAGAUCAGAUGUCAAAAUUAUUACUGAUUUUUUCAAUCCUUUUUAAUUUUAUAGCUAUAAUUAUAUAUCUGAUAAUUCUUCUAUAUAUAUUCUAGUGGAGAAAUUAACUUUAUUCAACCUUAUUUUUAUUUAACAACAUCUAAACAUUUAUUACUUUAUUAUCAGACUCAAUUACUAAACAAAUAAUCUAUACUCCAGGAACUAAAAAUGACGAUGAAGAAAAAAAUAAAAAAAUAUUAUUAAUUUGGCAGUUAUAUGGAAUUCUAAUAUUUUUUAUACUUUUAAUCAUCUCCUUAGGUUUCUAUAUACCACUUUUCUUAUAUAUUGAUUCUAUUAAUUUGUAAUCAAUUGAUGUAAAUUAACUUUAAACAGAAUUAGCAAUGAUGCAAUUAAAAUAGUCGGCCAUUCUUACAUGGUUAGCUAUUAAUUAGACUGAAAGCAAGUAUAAUAUAAAUUUUGUACAUAAUAAAUCUAUUAUACAAUAUGUUAUUGAUUAGUGUGCACCUUCUGAAUAUUUUAUACUAUAUGAUCUCCCUUUUGAUAGUAAAUAUGAUUACUUUCCAGAAAUUUAGCAAUAUUCUACUGUCUCGUUAUGUAAUUGCUCCUUGUUGUAAAACUAAUUAAAAAAUGGAUAUUAUGGAUUUCAAUCUUAUGUAUCAUAACAUUUAUAUGAUUCAGAAUGGUAAGAUGAAAUUUUGGAAGCAUAUAAAAUUGUCUUUGAAUAUUAGAUCAAAAAAAAAAAAGAGUUUGAUCAAUAUAUGCAAACUAGAUUAGUCAAUACAUAAUUUACUUUAUAAAUUAUUUUGGAAAUUAGUGUUAUAAUUAUAAUUCUAAUUCAAACAUUAUUUCUGUAUUUUAUCCAUAGAUAAAUUACAAAAAUAGUUUAAUCUGCAAAAAGCAUCAUGUACUUAUUUCCUCCUCAAAUUCUAGCAAACAAUAAAUAUACUUUAUAAGCAUUAAUUUAGGGUAGCACUUAAUGA